UGCUUCUCGGACCAGCGCCGUGUACGUCAACAGACUUGCAGGUCUGGGGACGGAGGGCAGCUCGACGACGGGGAAGGCCAUGGCUGCGAAAUCGGCGAAACCUCCGCGAAAAUUAGCAAAUUCCCGCCACAAUUAUUGUCGAAAUCCGAAGCUCGCAUUUGCGUUAUGUUUGAUCUUGGCCGAUGCUAUCCUCGUUGCCCUUAUCAUCGCAUAUGUACCCUAUACUAAAAUUGAUUGGGACGCUUACAUGUCGCAAGUAAGUGGUUUUUUGGGAGGGGAGAGAGAUUACAGCAAAUUGCAAGGAGACACUGGACCUCUAGUUUAUCCUGCUGGGUUUUUGUACAUUUAUUCUGCCAUACAGCAUGUCACUGGAGGAGAGGUCUAUCCAGCUCAGAUUCUUUUUGGUGUCUUGUACAUUAUAAAUCUGGGAAUUGUCUUAUUUAUCUAUGCGAAGACGGAUGCGCUUCCAUUCUGGUCUUUUUGCUUACUCUCCCUCUCCAAACGAGUGCACUCGAUCUUUGUGCUCCGACUCUUCAAUGAUUGCUUUGCCAUGACUCUUCUUCAUGCUGCAUUGGCCUUAGUUCUUUUACGAAGGUGGAACCUUGGAUUAAUCAUCUUCAGUUUUGCUGUUUCCAUAAAGAUGAACAUUCUUCUAUAUGCCCCACCUUUGUUACUUCUGAUGUUAAAGGCUAUGGAUAUCGGUGGAGUGAUAACGGCUUUAGCUGGGGCAGCUCUUGUGCAGAUUCUUUUGGCGCUUCCUUUUAUAGUUUCACAUCCAUUUGAAUACAUAUCAAAAGCUUUCAAUCUUGGGCGCGUCUUCAUCCACUUUUGGUCCGUUAACUUCAAGUUCGUCCCCGAGCCAAUAUUUGUGUCAAAACAGUUUGCUGUGUUGUUGCUGAUUACUCACUUGAUAUUGUUGGCAGUUUUUGCUCAUUACAAGUGGUGCAAGCAUGAAGGUGGGCUUUUGAACUUCAUCAAUUCAUGGUUUCUCUCUAUUAAACUUAGAUUUCCCAAUAACAAGUCAUCCUUCAAAUUACUUAAGGAAGAACAUGUCGUAACAGCGAUGUUUGUCGGGAAUUUCAUCGGUAUUUUGUGUGCUCGAUCAUUGCAUUAUCAGUUCUAUUCAUGGUAUUUCUUUUCCCUUCCAUAUCUGUUGUGGAGGACGCCGUUUCCUACAUUAUUACGUUUGGUUCUGUUUGCAGGGAUAGAGUUUUGUUGGAAUGUCUAUCCUUCUAAUAUGUAUUCCUCCAUCUCGCUUCUAAGUCUUCACCUAAUUUUGCUCUGGGGUUUGUGGUGUGGACCAGCAGAGCAUCCUUAUGUUCACAGCGAAGCAUCAGAUAGGAAACAAAAUUAAAAAAUACAAGCUCUUCAUCUGUGUAUCAUUACCAUUAGACUGAAUUGCAUAUGUUUACAUUUUCCAUAUUUGAUUUUCAGCUAACUUUCUCGUGUUACUUUCAUCCCGGGAAUCGUUUGAUACCGUGGGGGAACGUGAUCAGGUCAACUUCGGGGUGUCGAGCAUCAAAUUUUAGGCUAAUUUAGUUCGAGUUUUUGCCCUCUGUUAUUGUCAUCUUGGAAAUGGACACACCCUUGAAAGCUGCUGUCUUUACUUGUAUUGCGACUACUUUUGUAACACAAUUUGAUGCAACUCUUGAUCCACACAAUUUGAUGUAACUCUUGAUCCUGAA